AUGGGCCGCACCGCAGCACUGCCUUUUGCACCACAUCGCCAGCAGCACGGUGCGGCCAAAACUGCCGGCCAUGUCCACAUUGGCGUCUUCCUUGGAGCCAAUCUUCAUCGUCAAUCAAGCGCAGAAUCUAUCCCACAAAGAGAGAGCCACGCCGUCCUUGGCCAGGCCACGCUUUGGAUUGUGCCCUGA